CUUGUCAAGUCUACCAACUGUCAAAUUUUGUGAUGUACGUGUCGGUGUUGUAAUGUGCCGGUGAUUUUUCCACAAUAAAAUGCAUUUCAAACUCCUACUAUUACCUGCACUUGUAUUUAUAUUCAGUACCGCCACUCAUGCAAGCGUUGGAGGUUACAUUUGCCCUAAUGAUCGAAAAAAGUUAUUGACUGUCUUAGUUAAGGCUUUAAUAAACGUACAAGGCGACUUUUCAACACCCUAUUAUGGCAUUAAAGGCUUUAAGGCUCUUAACGAACAACUGGCGCCUGUUCUAGUCAAAGAUAAUUGUGCACAUAUAAAAAAAUCUUACAAAGCUGACUGCAGUCCUGAGGAGAAUUUCCAGGGAUUGUCGGCUUGGUAUCUGUUGGGGUGUUCCGGAAAACUUCACACUGAUGCUACAAUUAACAAUUUGAGAACUGUCCUAGAAAGCGAUAAAUCAACAACGACUGAUAUUCGAUACGCUGCUGAAACAUUAAAAUUACUAGGGGCUGCAAUCCCAAAUGGAGCUAAAGUCGCCCAACUCAUCCAAACCAAACUUAAGGAAGAUGACAGUUUGCAAAGUCUAGGGCACGCAUUACACGCAGCUGCCCUUCUAGGCACUGCCGGUAACUUCAUCCAAGACCGCAUUGAAGAAGUCGUAGUUCAAGCUGAUGAAGUCGAUGGAAAACUCCUCCAAUGGGAAGGGGGCCUCACCACCACUUCUCUUCUCAUAACCGGCCUUCUGCGUUUUCCUGGAGCCAAGCCUCUCAACGCCCAACAAGCCGAAAAACUGGCAACUUAUUUACUAACCAGACGAACAGUCCAGACCCCUAAAGGAGCCCUAGCUUUGGUAGAAGCAACCACUAGCUUGGCUUCAAGCGACGUCUCCCCUGUCAGUAUCACAAUCGCAGGCCCCGCUCAAGUCACCCUCGACAAACCUGAGCUAAAAAUACAUAUUUCGGAUAUUCUUGGUAGGCCCUUGAAGGCCCCCCCGACUCCAGUCGUGGCCCAAUCAGCGACGCGAAUCACCGACGAUGUGGUGGUUUUGUCCAAACAGCCCCUCAGCCCCGGGACUACCCCAGUUGAGUUUAUUUUGCCAUUGCGACUCGAGCCAGGACAAUAUCGCAUCGCUCUCACCGCAGGCGCGCAUUCCACCACAUUGACUGUCAGGGUUUUGGGGCCGGUGACGCUCGAGUGGCUGCAAAUCGGGUUGGGGGACGCGGACGGCAGUGCAGCCCCCAGACUUACUAAACUGCAACAUCCCUCAAAACUGCCCAGUCCUCUACGUGCCGAUUCGAGUCAUCAUCUUGUUGCUAAAUUUUCAAUUUCGCGAGUCGUACAUCAAUCAUUUUUGCGGCUUUAUUCCGGCAAGAAAGAGAUUGUAUUUGUUGCUGAGCCUGACAGUAGUAAACUGUACAAAAUUGGGGUUAAUUUAGCUUCGGAAUUGGCCCAUUCUGGGACUUUUGAAAUGGAAUUGAUUUUGGGAGACUCGGUGAUGAGUAAUCCCAUUCGUUGGGUCCUUGGUACGAUCGAGGUUAAUUUGAGUACACCCGAACCGGAGAUAAAAUCACUUAGGGGGCCUAAACCCGAAAUUAAACAUCUUUUCAGACAGCCGGAAAAACGACCACCGGAAAUUGUUUCAAUGCUUUUUACAGGAUUGACGGCUUCUCCGUUGUUACUUUUGGUUAUUUUGUGGUGGAAAAUUGGGGUGAAUUUUGGCGGGUUUACCACACUUUCAGUACCAUUCCAUGUCGGUUUUGGGGGGAUUUUGUAUUUGUUUUUCCUGUUUUGGUGGAAACUAGACAUGUUUACUACUUGUGCUUGGCUGAUUCCAAUAGGAGGUUUCACGUUUUUGGCCGGUCAUAAGUUAUUGAGUCAUAUAGCAAAACACAAAAAAGCAUGAGAUAACACUGAUUGCAUUGCAACUUAGUGUCCAAGUUUUGUUGUUUAAUUUGUUUAAAUUUGCUUCAAUUCGUCCCAAUGUUACGUUUUUAAUACGCCGGCAUAUUUGUAAAGACUUUUGUAAGAAAUAAAAUACAGUACUGGUA